ACGUUUCUGAUUUGUGCAUACUUAAAAUAUUUCAUUCUUUCAAUUUUGAAUCUUUAUAUGAUUUUUUUUAGUUUCUAAAAAUGGAACUGUGUUCUUGUGACACUUUUGUGGCACUGCCUCCAGCAACAGUUGACAACAGGAUUAUUUUUGGAAAAAAUUCAGACAGACUUUAUGAUGAAGUACAAGAGGUAGUUUAUUUUCCUGCAGCAGCUCAUGAUAACCAGAGAGAACGGCUUAAGUGCACUUACAUAGAAAUUGAUCAAGUUCCUGAGACAUAUGCUGUUAUCCUUAGUCGACCGGCUUGGUUAUGGGGAGCAGAAAUGGGAGCCAAUGAACAUGGAGUUUGCAUUGGGAAUGAAGCUGUGUGGGGAAAAGAAGAAGUUAGUAAGGAGGAAGCACUACUUGGGAUGGACCUUGUCAGACUUGGCCUGGAAAGAGCUGAUACAGCUGAAAAAGCCCUCAAGGUCAUUGUGGAUUUACUAGAAAAAUAUGGCCAGGGUGGCAACUGUGCAGAGGGUACAUUUCUGUUUAGCUAUCACAACAGUUUCCUGAUUGCUGAUAGAAAGGAAGCAUGGAUUCUGGAGACUGCAGGGAAAUACUGGGCAGCAGAAAAAGUACAAGAAGGAGUUCGUAAUAUUUCAAAUCAGCUCUCCAUAACAACCAAGAUUGAUCUGGAACACCCAGACAUGAGAAACUAUGCCAAGCAGAGAGGUUGGUGGGAUGGCAAAAAGGGAUUUGAUUUUGCUGCCACAUACUCUUAUCUCGAUACAAACAAGAUGCUGAUUUCAGGAGGCAGAUAUUGUGAAGGCUACAAGCUGCUAAAUAAGCACAAAGGAAACAUAACUUUUGAAACAAUGAUGGAAAUUCUCCGAGAUAAACCCAGUGGUAUUAAUAUGGAGGGAGAAUUCCAGACAACUGCAAGCAUGGUUUCUAUUUUACCUCAAGACUCCACACUUCCUUGUGUUCACUUCUUCACAGGCACUCCUGAUCCAGAAAGGUCUAUUUUUAAACCUUUCAUAUUUGUGCCAAAUAUUUCACAACUCUUGGACACUAGUUCACCAACAUUUGAACUUGAAGAUCCAGCUAAAAAGAAGUCAGAUUUUAAGGUUAAGCCUGACAGAAGACACCCACUCUACCAACAACAUCAACAGAUAUUGGAAAUAAUAGAUAAUAAUAAGGAGAAAGCCCAAACAGUGCUGGACAAUAUGAAGAAAAUGGAGAAAGAACUAUUCCAAGAUGUGGAAUCAAUUCUUCAAAACAAGCAUCUUGAUGUAAAUAAAACUGAGAAUCUUUUUUCUCAGAGUACAAAAGACGAAAUUAGAAUUUAUAGAUCAAAUAUCGAUUCUUAGCAGUUUAAUGUAUAUGGUCAGUAAUUUCCCUCAAAGUCAGACUGUUCUUUGCUUAAUGACAAACACUUCUUGAAAGAUCCAAUUAUUCUUUAAGAGCAUCUAGCCAUAUUUUAACUAUUAAAAAAAUCUUUAUAUAGUCUUGCUGAAAUAAUCAGGAGAGAAAAUAACAUUGGAAUUAGAUAUAUAUAUAUUUUAGGUAUUACUUACUUUAGGCAACAGACUUGUGCUAUUUAGAUAUAUAUCUUGUUAAAAUAGUCACAUAAUUCUUAGUACUGCAUAAAGUAUAAAAUAUAAAAGUAAUAUAUGCAAUUAUGUUUAUUCUAAUUACAUAGUAUCUUAAAAUAAUUUUGUUAUAAUAAGCAGAUUUCCUAAGUAAUAGAAAAUAUUGUCUCAACUGAGUUUUUGGUGUUCUGAAUAAAUAUUAAUAAGCUAUAUCAAAGUGUUCUACACUUAUGAAAUUAUUAUAGUUUAUCAAUUCUG